CUUGUUAUUACAAGAAAAACCUGCUUCUGAAGUUCUAAUCAAUCUUCAUUUCUCAUACUCUAAUUCUAAGGGAAGCCCGUCUGAGUUUGAAUGGCGAUCUGUACAAGCCUUACGUCAAUAGAUCUGAUAAGAUUCAACUCUAAUCCUAUGGCAAAGUUUUCUAGUAUUGCUUCACGGCCAUCAUUGCUUAAGUUUUCGAAAAUCAAAGCUGUGCAAGAUACUGAAGGAGGACGUAGGCGACUAAUAGACUUAAUUCGGCUUGUUCCGGAUAUUUCAAGAAACUACUUCAAAAGCCCGUCUAGAAGGGCGCUAUUCGGGGGCAUAUCCCUACUUGGUGGCUUUUAUGUUGCACAGACGAUAUCACUGUCGUUUGGAGCUUUAGGUGUCAAUGAUGUUAUAGCGGCUGUUGUUUGUGUGCUUCUUACUGAGUAUGUCACCAGGUUCUAUUACAGUAGACCUAAGGUGACGUUCCCCAUUGCCUUGCUCAAUAAUUUCAAGAUGGGUUUCACUUAUGGUCUCUUUAUUGACGCUUUUAAGCUUGCAAGUUGAUUGUUCCUUCAUUAAGUUUCAAGUGUUCGUUUAGUUCUGCUGCUUAUGUUUUUCGCAGAGAUUAAACAAUGUUGUACCCAUUCUGAUAUUGAUCAAAGGAAUGUAUAUAAAUAUUUACAAAAACAGCUUUUCUUCUUAA